AUGGCCAUGUUCGCUGCCUUUACCGACGAAAACGACGAAUUCUGUCAAAGUCUAAAACAGUAUGCGGAAGUACGGGCUAAGGUGGACGAGGGAGCUGAAAACGAUGCGAUAACAGAGCUCCAAGGCAUUCUACAUCCUAUUAUGAAAUUCAUACACAAGAAAGACAGGCGUUUCGAUGACAGUGUGAUACCUGUAGGGAGACAUACGCUAAAUAUGAAAGUCAUUGAGAAUGAGUCGGCUGAUUUCGAGUUGCUCGUGCCUAUUUUAGGAUUACCCGACCCAAAGUGGUCAUUUAAUGACAGACCACGACUCUAUGAUUUCACCAAUUCCAUUGACGGUAAGAUCCGCCUCGUUCGAAGGCACCGAACUAAACCUCUUCCGGAGCCCAUAACAGGGCAACAUUUCUUGUGGAUCGAGGACCGUACGAUGAGUCGGAGCUGGAACGAUUGGAUUUUUAACAGGGAUCUUAUUCCAUGUAAGGUCAAAGCUCGUCUCAGGGAGUUGGUAGACGCUGCAAUACACGAAGGUCAUUCUAAAGGAGCUGUUGCCCUCUUAGCCGCACCAAAGGGAUGCGCUCGUCUUCGUAUACACUUUAGCAGAGGGGCCAUUCACGCUGUUUUGCGCCCAACUGUCUUGUCCGAAGGCAGCGGUUUUCCAUCCGAAGUACAUUCCGAGUGGCCGCGGUCGCAUCUGUGGCCUCAAGGUUUCAAAGUUAAGGAUCUCCGGAAAAUUGGAACAGACUCAGUGGCAAUUGAUGACCUAUAUUGGUCACAGUCAUAUUCACAGUGUGAAGAGUUCUUGGUUAAUAGUAUUGAUCGGGAUGGCGGAUGUAGAAAGGUGUGUCUGAGAAUUCUGGAGAAGUUACGGGAAGAGCAUUGGUGUCCGAACAGCGUUGGCAACAAGGAGCCGGCACUUACAUACUACCAUUUACAGACGGCUCUUCUUUGGCAAUGUGAAGAGUGGUCCUUCACGGUGGACUGGAUACGAGACAAACUCCCCAUUCGUUUUAUUUCAAUUGUUCGAAGACUUCUACAGUGGGUAUCUGCUCGUCGAUUGAAUCACUACUUCUUGAGCAGUGUCAACUUAUUCGCUGACAAUAACGGGAAGUUAAAGGACGAAGAAGGUCUGAGGAACGUUCAAGAAAGCAUUGAAAGUUUCGUCAGGUCGCCCCAUUUAUUCCUUAGCGACAGUGUCCCGAUAAACCACGACUUGCCGGAUAUACUGAAAAACAGUUCCGAGAGUAAACUGAAACGAAACAACGACGACAGUAACGUAACGACAGAUCCCUUGUAG